AUGAUCGCUGGUGUGCCAUGUUAUUUCACAAGUGAUCCGAAUGACCGCGGUCCCUUGCUUCCCAUUUUUCGAAGAAGUCGCUCGGCUAUCACGAUCUCUCCCUCGAUUGAUCUACGAGAUAACGAGGCAGCCGUGGGCUUGAUUUUCGAUUUGACACGGGAUUUUUUCGUGAAUGCCCGCAUCUCUAUCACUGAGAUACAGUUCUGGGGCCAUCUGGUUAUCAUUGUUCUGGAAAGCAACGCCGGCGGCGACGAAGUUCUACGUGCUGUUCCUAGAUCUAUCGCAACGUGCCAGUGUUUUUACCUUUUCGAGUCAGAAAUCGGGAGGCCCACUACCUUGCUGGCUAAGCGAAUCAAAGAAGCUAGCCUAGGCACAAUCGAUGAGUCUCAUUACGACACCUUACGGCCAGGCAUAAUCCUAAGCUCUGGUCUCAACGAUAAAGGAGAAGAGAUGCGGACUUCUUCGGGAGUUCUGCUUCGGAAUCAGCAAGGCAUCGAGUUUAUAACAGCGGCUAGCCAUGGAUUCACUUCAUCGGGCCAGGUUUAUCACCCAAAUUCGUUAGGCCAACCCAUCGGAGAGUUUAUCAUGGAAAUCUCUCAUACAGAUAUUGCACUCAUUAGACUGAAUGAGGGCGUGAAUUUUGUGAACGAGACCUUCGAGAAUAGUGUCUACCCGUCCCCCUCGUUCACUCUGCAGCCUUUCAUUCGCGCUGCCGAGACUCGGCUUGGGGAUCCUGUGUUCUUCGAUAGCCCUUUUUCUGGCCUCGUCAUGGGAACUAAAAUGGCCCACUCUCUACAGCGCAUCCCCAUUGAUGAUCCACUAGAACCAAAGCAGAUUUGGAUUAGAUGUAGCUGGGACUAUAUCGGCCAAGACUCGAAUCGUGACAUGGUAGAGGGAGUCUGUGGCUCGGCUUUGUGGAAUGUAGACCAUAGAGUCCUGGGCUUCUUCCGUUACGCGCUCACUGAAGGGAUUUUCAGAGAUUAUUGUUUGUCUGUUGCCGCGGACCAUCUCAUUGAGGAAGGAUAUGCUGUUGUGUAA